AUGGACGCUGCAGCUAUCACCACGUUGAAGAAAAAGAGGACGACGUUACGACAACAGAUCACCAGAGCUGUCACCAGCCUCACAGCCUUGGUCAACGCUUCAGGUUCACGGAGAGGCGUGAAGGCGCUGGUGGUACACCUCGAUGAUCUUAUUCUCAGAACCUCCGUCUUGCAGUCGGAAAUCACAGCCGUAGAACAAGACGAUGAUGAAGCGGAACGACAAGACGCCACGCAUCUAACUUACGCUUCCAAGGGGGAUGAAGUCAUUGCAGCGGCCCAAGUUUAUCUGUCCAGUCGCGAAGGAGAAGCCGCAUCAGUAUUAAACCCACUUGAUGACCAGCCCGAUCAGAAUUCGCCGCUGUUUCCUAUAUCACCGUCAGAAGCUGACCAGCGCGACCAAGCACAGAAGGAUGCAGCCAUGCAACGUGAGCAAGCCCAUAAGGAAGAAGUCGCAGUGGCUCAAAAGAAGUGUGAUGAAGUCAGAGCCCGGGCAAACGCUCUUUGGGAAGAAGCCGAAGCAGCACAAGAGGCCCUCCGUCAGCUGAAUCUCCGUCAACCAGAUCCGGAUAAUUUCUCGUCCGUUAGUCAACAGCUAGAGAAACGGUCUCCAGCAGCCGAGGAAUGGCGGACCAAGCAACGAAACCUGAACGUCAAACAGGAAGCUCCGGAUGACUGGAUUGAUCUCUACGAUGCUGGCCUUCUACUUCCGGUCCAUAGCCAAUUCUCCUCUCGUUCUGCCGUCUCCGCGGAAUUGGACGUCUAUAACGGAAAGGCCGUUGAAUGGUUUGGUUGGAUCGACCUGUUUCGUGCAUUAGUGCACGAUACUCCGAAGACCCCAGGAGAAAAGCUGGCACUACUAAAACAUUACCUCAAGGGCGAAUGUCUGGACGUGGUCUACGGACUCGGUGGCGGAGAGACAGCCUACAAGCAGGCACUGGUGCGUCUGAAAGAGACAUUCGGACGAAGAGAUGUGAUGCGAGCCGCCCACAUCCAGGCUAUUGAGCGACUUGAAUUCAAGAACGAACCAAGAGUGUUCAAACGUUUUGCCGAAAGAGUUCGGACCCAUCUCUUCGACCUCAGCAGGAUUGGAGCCGCAUCAUCAGCCGACAUCAUCGAGAAGGUCUGCUUAAGACUCAACCAGCAAGAUCGACUCGACUGGAACGCGGGGCGACGUGGCCGUUUGGAAUUCCGCAGCCUCAACGAUUUCGGUACAUGGAUCUGUGAGCGAGCGUCCGAUUACCUCAACGCCUACAGCAUAGCCGCGGAUCAAGCCAACGAGCCAGGAGGGCCAUCAUCAACACCAAGAGAAACCUUUUUACGUCGAGCUAAGACUCAUCAUUCGUCCGCAAGAGCUACAGAUGGAGGCGGAGCUGGCUCAACGAAGAAACCUUUUUGCUUCAAAUGCGAAAAGGGGCAUUGGCUCCAGGAUUUCGGAGACUUUAAGGCCCUUUCAGUGGGAGAACGGGUCAAUUUCUGCAUGCGUCGCCGGCUGUGUUUCGGCUGUUUCAGUUGCAGACAUUCAGCAAGAGAUUGCCAAAGCAAGCGCCAGUGCAAGCAACCGGACUGCAGAUUCUUUCAUCAUAUCCUGCUUCAUGAAACUGAGAAGCCGUCGAUGACGGACGCCCGUCCUUCAACCGCUCGUGUUAUUGGCCGACAGAGAGUGGCCCUGGGAAUGAUGAGGCUGCACGUGCAAUCCGCAGAUGGUAACUGGGUGCUCGCCAAUAUCUUCGCCGACGAAGGCAGUGAUACCACCCUGAUGAGGACGUCAUUUGCGUCAAAUUUAAAGCUGCAAGGGCCGUCGCAGGUGUUGAUGGUGGAUGAUGCCGGCGGAGUCAUCAACCGAUACCAGUCCAAACGAGUCCAGUUCCAGUUGCGCGCCGAAUCAGGCGAAAUCUUUACGAUGGAAGGUUCAACAAUGAAGAUGGUCGCCAGCCCCACUCCUAUCACGGAUUGGAACAAGGAAAAGCAGAAUUGGCCGCAUCUCCGCGACCUCCCGGUCGCAGUAGUGGGAGGAAAGGUAGAUCUUCUCGUAGGUACAGACUACCUGCAUCUUUUGGUGCCUCGCGAGACCAGAGAAGGGCGAGAUUAUGAACCAAUCGCAUGCAAAACAAGACUUGGUUGGAUCGUGCGAGGAGUUACCAACCGAGGACAUCAGGUUACAUCCAUUCGUAGCAGCACGAUUGCUGGCCAGACCCCCCUGGAUAAUUUGACAGCGGAAGUUCGUCGUUUCUGCGACACCGAGGCCUUUGGGACCGAAUUCACCGCCGGAUGUGUAUCAGCCGACGACCGCCGAGCUCUAGCGAUGGCAGAGGAGAAGACCCGGAGGUUACCCGUCGGAUAUGAGGUGCCAAUAAUCUGGAAGGAGGGGGAGCCGGACCUCGUGAACAAUCGACCCAUGGCCGCCAAUCGCUUCCAAAGCCUUCUCAGGAGGUUCCAGCGCGAGCCGAAUUUGGAACGAGAUUACGAAAUGACGAUGCAGAAAACUCUGGAUCAAGGAUAUGCAUCGCGGGUUCAAGAUCCGGCGGAUGAGAAGUACUUCCUGGCCCACCACGGCGUCUACAAGGGCGUGAAAUUACGAAUAGUUUUCGACGCCGCCGCCUCUUUUAAGGGGAAAUCAUUGAACGAAGCCAUGCUUAGUGGCCCUGCUCUACAACCUGCGCUGGCCGCCGUCGUCACUUGCUUCCGCCUGCACGAAAUCGCUUGGGCGUCUGACAUCGAGUCCAUGUUUAGCCGUUUCCGGCUUUCAGCAGAAGAUUCGAAGUACUUUUGUUUCCUGUGGCGAGAUGCAGCAACGUCGGAGCCAGCGGUUUACAAGAUGGAGCGACUGCCUUUUGGUGCCAGCUGCUCCCCUUUCGUCGCCAUCCGCACCGUACGUCAAAUCAUGGAGGAUGCCGGAGACGAAAGAUGGCUGGCGUCGUACGUGAACGGAUGUAUGUAG